AUGAGCAGUCUUGCCGAGCUUCCAUCGAGAGGUAUUGUCGCUCCUGGUGCUGUCGAUGCGCCGGGCAGGACACGGAAGCUUCCUGUUCUCUUGUCAUCCGUCCCCUCCUCUAGUCCAUCGACGAGCGAUUCGAUGGAAGUCACUCCGCCUUCUCCGGCCGCCAUCACAGGUGGCACACAUCCCGUUCAUGGCACGCCCGACAGUGACCGAGCGGGCGCAAACACCACGACGACUUCCAAUGGCUCUCCUGGUACCGGAAAUCCUAGCAAUCAUGCGACUCAUACCCAGGCUAUUGGGGCUGCUGCUGCGGCCCAGCAACCCAAAGUUGUUCAGACUGCGUUUAUCCAUAAACUGUACAAUAUGUUGGAGGACCAGAGCAUCCAACAUUUGAUUUCCUGGUCCAACACGAAUGACAGUUUCGUCAUGUCUCCUACCUCGGAAUUCUCUAAAGUGCUUGCUCAAUACUUUAAACACACGAAUAUUUCUUCGUUUGUGAGGCAGCUGAACAUGUAUGGCUUUCACAAAGUGAGCGACGUUUUUCAUACUGGCUCCCCCGACUCGGCUUUGUGGGAAUUUAAACACGGAAAUGGGAAUUUCAAACGAGGCGACCUCGUCGGGCUGCGGGAAAUCAAGCGACGAGCAUCGCGCCAUGCUUUGAUCCACCGAGACUCAUUCCCCGGCCACAAGGCCGUCCCGUCCCAACCAGGUACGCCGGCGGAGCCCGUCCCCGAUGCUACCGAAGCGCGAUUGAUGAACCUGGAACACCUGCUGUACGACAUGCAUAAUCGCCUCAACCGGGCCGAGGAGGGCAAUGCAGCGCUCAAUUCCAGAUGCCAGGCUAUGGCAGAGAGUAUGAGCAGAUGUUAUCAUUGGACGUAUUCUAUAUCCCGGUUCUUGCAAGGAGUGAUACCCGAUCGUGAGAGUGCUCUAUAUCGAGAUGUAACCAGUAUGCAAACAGAGCUGGAAAAACAUCUCGACUCUGUGCGGGCUCUCGAACACCCUCCGGAUAUGUAUCUUUCUGUCCGACACCCUCAUGUGCCAAGCGUCGCUAUAGAGCCAGGUCCGCCUUUAUCACCCCGACAAAUGCCACAAGACGAUAGCCGUCGACCGUCAAUGGCAGAUCGCCCAAAUAAUAAUACUAUGAUUCGACCGCCGGUACCCGCUCACUUGUCUGUUUCGCCUCGCCGUUAUGGCUCAAUUGGUGCGGCAAAUUCGCCCCCCCACUACAGUCGACCCCAGAUCCCAACAGUCGUUACCCCGCAACCUCCAGUCCCACAUCCUCUUUCAUCCGUGUCUUCUCCUCCAGGGCCCAACCUGGCACGCCGACAUACUUCAGCAGACAUCCGCCAGCACGGCUGGCCGCCACCUGGUGUAUCUCCGUUCCCACCUGGCCAAGCGCCGCCCUCGCAUGCACCUCAUGGUCCUUGGUCUCCAUCCCCGCAUCGGACACAACAAGCGUCCAGCGAUCAACAAGUGCGGGAUGUAUUAGCUCAGUAUGAGAUGGGAGCGCCACGGCGCUUCCAGGACACCUCGCGGCAUGCAACACCUCCGCUAAAUCCUGAUCAACAACCGGGACCCACAGACAACGGAUGGGGGCUUGGCGGGCCUAGGUACCCUCGACACGAGUCUUCGUUACCUGCUACUCGCCGAUCCAGCAUGGCAAGCAAUGUUCAUUCUCUACUCAAUCCGGCCGACACAGCGGAAAGACCUGAUGAGGAGCAUGCGGCCGAAGAUCGGAAACGGAAGCGGCUGGAGUAA